GCACCAAUCUGCGCAGCCUCUGCACAACAUAGAACACUUCCGGAACAGACCAAAUUUAAUCAAUAUUAUUUCGGGAAUUGUUUUACAUUACUUCUAGUCUAAAUGGUCUAAUCUAACCCUAGUUCCAUGAUCUUACAAAGACUAGACCAAACUAGGAAUGAACUUCACCGCAAAGUCUUGAAAUUGAAAGAUGCUAUAUAAUGUCAAAAUAGUUUUAUCUUGUGUUUGUGUCUGGCUCAUAGAUGGCAGUAGUGCAUCUAGUUCUAGAUCUAGAGAUUUGCAUUUCAGAUGCUCUUUUGGAUAACCUUUUGAAUCCUUAUUGGCCAUGGUUCGGUAUAUGUUACUCCAGAUGUAAAUCCGAAAGGAAUUGCUUCAACCUCAGAAAAAAUAAACUUUCCAUUUUGUGGCGCGCAGGAUUUUUUUGGACUAAGAAGCUUUUGGUAGAUGUCCACGUUGUGUUUCAAGCUCAAGAAGAUCUGGUUGAAAUAUGUGGUAAAAACCAGUUGCUACCAAAAGUGGAACCUUUCUCACUACAUCCUGAGGGUCUGCCCUACGAUGAGGAUUUACAGCGAGGCGCCGAAGUGUUCCGCAACCCUCCGCGCGUUUCUUGGGAAGCGCAAGAAGACAAGCUCUACAGUCUGCUGAUCUACGAUGUGGGCUACUUCAGAAUACGAGGAUGGUGGAACAACAUUAAGAAAGACAAAAAUGGUCUUUUAAAAGGAGAGGUUGUCUACAGAUACUCACCCCCUGCCAACCCCAGUGACAACGCCAACCCGACCCUCAUACUUGUGUUUGAACAUGAAGGUCGGAGCACGCCGAAUUUGGAAGGGGUACAGUAUUGCGUCACACACAGAGCCAUUUACCAGAACACAGCCGAUGAGUGCUACAGGAGUGUGCAUGGGGAAUUUAUCAGUAGUAGAAAAUAUAAAGUGAUCGGAGUUCAGGUGUUUUUCACCACGGGACAGACUCUAUUCGAGCGACACCAGGCCUGCACUGAAAGUUUCAGUUGUGAUGUGAAUUGCAUUCAUUCGUUUCAAUCGGCACAGUCCCUGUCAUCGUUAGAUGUUAUACUUGAUCUUCUGUCGGAGUCAAAAGGAAUGGAUCAUUACGUGGGCAUCAGAUAUCAAUCGGUACAUAAAAUAUGCUACGACGAGACUACCGCAAGGUUUAUCAACAGCAGAGGUUCAGAUAGUGAGCAGAAGGCUAUUGAUGAAAGAGACACCUUCCUAUCCACAUACAAUGAAUUCAUAAUUGAAAUUGGAGUGCCGCCGAAUGAUUUUUUCAACAGCUCUGGUCAGCUCUAUACAGCUAUGGUUGUUCGUCUGCAAAAGGUUGCAGGAUCCGAGGAGAAAGAGUUAAUUGGUGAACUAUAUAUUCACGAUAUUUCACUCACUUAUUAUAAUUACCUUUAUCAGGGUAAUCGUCUGUGUCCAGAGGACAAUGUUCAAAAGUACUUCCUUUUACUUUACUCUCACGAAGGCGUCAAAGACUGCUGCCAAUACAAGGGAAACACAAAAUGGGACUUGAAACAGCUUCCAAAAGACUUCCAUCUGAGAGCUAUAAGACCCUUCUACGUCCACAAAUCCUACACAGACGUUCCGUGUACAGAGCGGAAACCUACUCUCAACUGUGAUAUGUGGGCCCCGGACUACGACAUACUGAACAACGCCACGUUAGAGCUGCAAGAGCGGAAGAACGACCAGGCCACGUUCGAGCUCCCCUGCAACGUCACGACAACCACCCGCAGAACAAGGAAGCCCACAUCCAUGACAACGCCGUACACCAACCCUCCAGCCCCUACGACGCUCAAACCUGCAGAAGCGCCUACGACGCCAAAACCUGCUGAAGCUCCUACGACGCCAAAACCUGCAGAAGCUCCUACGACGUUAAACUCUGCAGAAGCCCCGACUACAGAAACUGGGGACAAUUUCACGAGUACCCCCGUGCCGCCAUAUUUCACCAGGGCCCCGGUCACAACAACGCCAACGUUUGAGAAGAUUACAACUGCUCUAAGCUCAGCAGUGCAGUCUUUCGCAAAGAAAACAAGUCUGUUAGUCAUCUAUUUUAUUGUGUACUUUCUGAACAAAGCAGUAAACGGAUACUAAAACUUUUGAGGGGGGGGGGAAGAAACUGUUCAAUUAAACUCUGAUUUCCUUUUAUUUUUGUAAGUCCAUGACGCUCUGUACAUUUUGAUAUUUCAUUCAACCAGAACAGAUGAAACAUUUUUUUAAUAAACUUUUAAAAUAUUUGUUUUAACUGUU